AUGAAGGAGGUACGCCUUGCAUUGCUUGCUGAGAGCUGUGUCAUUGGUGCGGGUGAUGUCCUGCACCCGUGCCGUCUGCAGAUAAUCUGCGGGAGCGCUAUGGAAAAGCAAGAUCGACCAAAAGAGGAUAAACAUAGUCGCGUUGCCAGGAUCGAACAAGACGAAAAAGGAGCGAGGCGAUCUGCCCAGUCGAGCUGGAAGUACCGUCUCGUCCUCUGA